GAAGAAAAGGAAUAUCACCGCAUAGAUACGAUACUUAUACAAUAAUACCCCUCCCCUCCAUUCUACUCCUCUCCUCAACUCUCACGGGCUUCGUAUUCAAUUAAAUCACAUCUGUCAUUGCAAUAAUCAAUCGAUUGAUUGUUGCCUACUUGACCUUUAAAUUCCCCAGCCCGGUUAUAUACGCAGCACGAUUGCGUAGAAGGCGGCGGCGACGGCGAAACUGCGGUAGAUAGAUUAUAUUAACCUCAACCUCAACCUCGACCACUACCACCACCACCACCACCACCACCUCUCUCCCUACAUAUACCUCCUCAUUCAACAUGUCGUCGACUGCCACUACCACGACAGCCACCACCACACGAGUCACCGCCCUCGAAGACCGCCCGCAAUCCAUGACCUCCCGCCGCAACAAGUCCUCCUCCUCCCCCCUGCACAACCUACCCACCGACGCCGACUACCGCGAGUACCGCCGCCGCGUACACCAUGAAGCCGACAUCGUCAUCGUCGGCGCGGGCGUCGUCGGUUGCGCGGCCGCCGUCGCAUUCGGAAAGCAGGGGCGGAGCGUCAUUCUGCUCGAGCGGAGCAUGAAGGAGCCGGAUCGCAUCGUGGGAGAGCUGCUGCAACCAGGAGGUGUGAAUGCGCUCGAGAAGCUGGGAAUGAAAGACUGCCUCGAGGGAAUUGACGCCGUCCCAUGCUACGGCUACGAAGUCACAUACCACGGCGAGCCCGUCAAGAUCCCCUACUCGUCCAUUGUGACGCCGGAAGAAUACGCCCACAGCAAGCCAGAAGGACGGUCAUUCCACCACGGUCGCUUCAUCUCGAAACUUCGCGCCGCCGCGAUUGCAACCCCCAAUGUCACCGUCAUCGAAUCGACCGUGACCUCGCUCGUGCACAACACCUACACCAACCAGGUGCAGGGAGUGCAGGCGAUGACCGCCGGAAAAGAGGACUACUUCUUUGGCUCCCUGACCAUCGUGUCCGACGGCUACGCCUCCAAGUUCCGCAAGGAGUACCUUUCCCACACGCCCGAGGUGCGCAGCAAGUUCUGGGCGCUCGAGAUGAUAGACGCAGACCUACCCGCUCCCAACCACGGGCACGUCAUCCUGUCCGACGCGCCCCCGAUCCUAAUCUACCAAAUCGGCACGCACGAGACUCGCAUCCUCAUCGACGUCCCGGAGAACCUCCCGUCCGCGUCCGUCAAGAACGGUGGCAUCAAAAACCACAUGCUCAACGUCGCGCUACCCACCGUCCCCGAGUGCGUGCGCCCCUCCCUCAAGCGCGCCAUCGAAGGAGGCAAGUUCCGCAGUAUGCCCAAUUCCUUCCUCCCCUCCUCCGUCCAGAAAACACCCGGACUCUUUAUCCUCGGCGACGCCAUGAACAUGCGACACCCGCUCACAGGCGGCGGCAUGACCGUCGCCUUCAACGACGUGUACCUCCUCUCGCAACUCCUCUCCCCCACCACCGUCCCCUCCCUCGAAUCCACCGACCUCGUCCUAACCCAACUCUCCCGCUUCCACUGGGCCCGCAAGACCUCCUCGUCGCUCAUCAACAUCCUCGCCAUGGCCCUCUACUCCCUCUUCGCCGCCGACGACUGGCGCCUCAUGACGCUCCAGAACGGCUGCUUCCGGUACUUCCAGCGCGGCGGCGCCUGCAUCGCCGAGCCGUGCGGCAUGCUCGCGGGCAUCAUCUCGCGCCCCACGACCCUCGUCUACCACUUCUUCGCCGUCGCCUUCUACGCCGUCUGGAUGCGCAUCCGCGCCGCGCCGUGGUACCUCGUGCCGUGGGCGCUGUUCGUGGAGAGCGUGCUCGUGAUCGCGAAGGCCGCGUUCGUUAUUGGCCCGUAUUUGCUGUGGGAGGUCAGCAAGUAGGAAAUAUUCCCCGCCUUUUUUGUUGCGUUUGACGAAGCGAAAGACUUGUUUUACACUUAUUUAAUCCUAUUACUUUAAUUCAGAGGACGAAGAAUCAGCGCGUUUCGGCGUAGAUCAGUUUUCCCUCGUUUUUUGCAUGGGUUGGGCGAUUUGGCGUUCGUUGAUAGAUACCGUUGUUCGAUAUGAGUCGAAAUGAACGGUGUUGUUGUUUUCUAUUUGAAAAAUGGGGAGUGGUGGUGAAUGGUAAUAUGACCACACCAUGCGGGAGAGAAGUGG